UCAGUCUGGCAGCAGCCUCACACCUGGUAGCUGUCCCCUGCGGUGGCGGCUGCUUGUUUUCCCGCCAUUUCCUGUGCCUCGUGAGAGAACCGGAUGGUUUGAGAUCUGAAGUGUUGGAUCCCGGCUACCAAGCUGAAUGGAUUGGUUUCAUUGCAACCAGUGUUUCCGAAAAGAUGGGGCCCAUUUCUUUGUCACCAGCUGUGGCCAUAUUUUCUGUAAAAAGUGUAUGACUCUGGAGAAAUGUGGUGUUUGUGGACGUCCUUGCAAGCAUCUGGCCCUUUCUGAUAAUCUAAAGCCUCAGGAGAAGAAGUUCUUCAAAAGCCCUGUGGAGACGGCUGUGCAGUGCUUUAGUCACGUCGCUCAGGUGUGGUGCUUCCAGAAGAAACAAACAGAUCUUCUUAUCGCCUUUUAUAAGGACAGAAUUAGAAAUUUAGAAGCAGCUGUGAAGGAGGCCCAGGAAACAGCAGCCAGCCAGAACAAAGAGCUAUCAGUCUUAAGGAAGGAGAAUGGAGAACUGAAGAAAAUUCUAGCCAUCCUAAAGGGAUCGCCAAGCUGCUACUACGGAAACAGGUUAACCACACCUCGACCAGUGGGUAUUACUUCCCCAUCACAGUCAGCUGCUCCACGACCCAGUUCCCAGCACAGCAGCCAAGUGGUCAGUCGCUCUUCUUCUAUGGAGUCCAUCCCUUACACAGUGGCUGGUAUCAGUCAUGUGGAACAGGGAAGCAGAGGCCUGCACGAAAGGAGCGCUCCCAGAGACUCUUACACUGAAACCCCUUCACCAGCUUCAACUCAUAGCCUCUCUUAUCGACCUUCAUCUGCCUCCUCUGGACAGGGGGUUUCUUUUAGACCAUUCUUCAGUGGGGAUUCAGGCCACACAAGAGUCCUCACCCCCAACAAUUCUGGUCAGAGGGAAAGCAGAACUACACCAGAGAACCUUCCUGGUUUCCAACUUCCAGUCCUACAGACAUUCUACCAACACAGACAGAUGGGACUAGCCAGGAGAGACGGAUGGAGCGUUUCCAGAUAGAGAUCCCUCUUCUGAAAGGUCUGAUCUGUGCGUAAUGCUCCAACUGGACUGCAGUGUCCAGCACUGUUAGGGAAUAUGGGGGCCUGCAGUUUCCUGGUUUCAGUCUGCAGCUUCAUCUCUUGAACUUUAUCUUACAUGUCUUUCUCUCCAAAACAUUUAAAAUUUUUUAAAGAAUAUUCCCUGUUGUAGGAGGGUAUACCACUUGCACCUGUGAUGUAGGUGCCCUCAGAGGCCAAAAGAGGGCGUGUGAUCCCCAAAAGCCAAGGCUAUAGGCAGUUUGCUGACUGACAUGGGUGCAGGGGAACCCGGUCUGGGCUUCUUUUUUUUUUUUUUUUUCUUCUUUUUUUCGGAGCUGGGUACCGAACCCAGGGCCUUGGGCUUGCUAGGCAAGCGCUCUACCACUGAGCUAAAUCCCCAACCCCCCGGUCUGGGCUUCUUGAAGAGCACAAAGCAUACUAAACUGCUGAGCCAUUCCUCCAGCCCCUUGAAUUUUUUAUUAAUUUAUUUGGUGUAAGUACUUGUGGGGAAUCCGAGGACAACUUGUAGGAGUCAGUUCUUUCCAACAAAGUGGGUCCUGGGGAUCCAACUCAAGUCACUAGACUUGGGGGCAAGUGCCUUUACUCUCUAAGCCAUCUCAGUGGCUCUAUCUUCCACUAACACAUGAGAAAGCGAUUAGGUCCUACACAGGGCUUCAGGAAGAUAAUCAUCUCUCCCCUUCAUGCACAGCCUUUCAUUUCCUAGUUCGAAACUAAAGUUGCAGAAAUCCUUAGCCUCAUGCUUUGGCAUAGGGAGACUAGAAUAUAUAUAUUAUAUAUAUAUAUUCAUUCUUUAUAUAUCCUGGUUCAUUUCUGGAUUUCACUUGUUUAGCUCUGGACUCAGCUAUCGUGUUGCCAAGGUUAAUAAACGAUUGCUCCCGCCCUAAUGUAUCACAUGUUUACCUACUGUUUGUUCUACAGUCAGCUGCUAUGAAAUGUUUUGAUUUUCCUUUGUCCAAACAAUAGGUAGAAUACAUUUCCAGCUUUGAUUUUCCUGUUACAACAAUAGAUUUCCAGCUUUAUUAUAGACUAUAUAGACUAAUAAAGAGGAAAAAAAAUCAUUAAAAAUAUAUCCUUUUAUGGCUACUGCAACUCUUGCUAAAACAGUUUCUAGAAUGGUGGGAUAAACAAAUAGAGUUACAAUCUGUCUGCUGAAGGACCAAUAAAUCUUGCCAUCUGACUCUGGAAACCACUGUGUGUCAACAGAUGCUGAAUUACUGUCUUCUAUUUUUCUAUUUUUAUUUACUGCAGUGUGUACUGACUGACUCUUUAAAAAAAAUAAUAAAAAUAUACUAAACCAGAA